AUAAUAAGCAAAAAGACAAGUAUAAAUAAACUUCUGUGGAAAUAUUAUAUUAAACUAGGGUACCACAUGUUUGGAAAGAGGUAUAAAUUAUUAGAAUUUUUUUGUAAUGAAUUGUUAGCCUCUGUUUGUUUUUUUGCAUACAUCUAAUUUGCUGCCAAGUAUAAAGUGUAUUUUAUGAAUAUGUAACAUGCACAUUUAAACAGUAUUUUGUGUUUUCUGAUUUACCAGUACAAGCAGCUCUAUCUUGUGGCUCUUGGAGGAUUGUUUUUUUCUGAGCACCUUCAUCUAUCUUUAGUUAUUUUUGCUAAGUACUCGUAAUUUAAGUUGUUAGUAAGCAUCUUCAUUAUCCUUCACUUUUGGCAGGUCUGAAAACGACUUCUGGGCUCAUCUGUCACUAAGUGUAGUACAGAUGUAGGGAGUGAUGCUGCUGCCAUGUGGAACGUGGAAGCUCUGGACACAAACAGAGCAACUCAGCAUAUUCUCUUGUUGAUUUUGAUCAAACCACCUGGGGUAUAUUUCUUCUGUGCAUAACAUCUUAAAUACAGAUCAUUAACUCCUGCCAAGGAAUCAAAUUUCAUGAGUUGCUGAUCUGGAUAUCCAUCCCUGCAUCUCUGCUGAAGAAGAACCCGACUGCAUCUCAAAAGGAUUCCUGGAGCUCCCAUGUAUAACCUUCUUCUUACUGGCAAGCGUUAGAAAUGGCUAACAGAGGACCAAGCUAUGGCUUAAGCCGAGAAGUUCAGGAAAAGAUUGAACAGAAAUAUGACCCGGAAUUAGAGUCUAGGCUGGCGAACUGGAUUAUCGUGCAGUGUGAGGAACAGAUCGAACCCCCUCCUCCUGGAAGGCAGCAUUUCCAGACCUGGCUGAUGGAUGGAACGCUGUUAUGCAAGUUAAUAAACAGUUUACAUCCAAAGGGAAAUGAACCCAUUGCAAAGAUCUCUGAAUCAAAAAUGGCUUUCAAGCAGAUGGAACAAAUUUCUCAGUUCUUAAAAGCUGCUGAAAUCUACGGAGUAAGAACAACAGAUAUUUUCCAGACAGUGGAUUUAUGGGAAGGGAAGGACAUGGCAGCAGUGCAGAGAACCUUAAUGGCUCUAGGCAGUUUGGCAGUCACCAAGGAUGAUGGAUGCUACAAAGGGGAUCCAUCCUGGUUUCACAGGAAAGCACAGCAGAAUCGACGGGGGUUUUCAGAAGAGCAGCUUCGUCAGGGACAGAACGUAAUAGGCCUUCAGAUGGGCAGCAACAAAGGAGCCUCACAGUCGGGUAUGACGGGCUAUGGGAUGCCAAGGCAGAUUAUCUAAAAGCACCUCUGUCUGUAGAGAAAACACUCCUGCAGCAUGGUCUGUUCAGCAACAACAGAAAAAGAAAAAAAAAAUUAAAAUAAGCUCAUUAGUUCUCUUUCUGCCUGUUUUUAAUAGUUAGUGCUCUGAGGUGUGGGGUAUUUUUUUGUUUGGUUUGUUUUAUUUGCAGCUACAGGAGUUCAUCUAGGAACUUGGGUUUUCGUGGUGUUGUGUGUCAGUUCACAGCACAUGCGCACUGCUGCCUCCUACUUUUCACUUCUGAACUAUGCAAAGACAAUUAUUCUGUUUUAAUUUAUUUGCAAAGUGUUAUCUUCCAUAUUUGUCUCACAUUUCUCUUAUAUCUCAACCAGUAAUCUCGUUCCUCAAUUCAGUGAUGACAUUGUUUGAUCUAAGAAUAAAGACAUUUAAACACA